AUGGCCAUUAUCUUUGGCAUCGAAGACGAUCUUCAUCUCUCCGGCAAAACAUAUUCAUGGCUCUCUCGUGUCUUCUACUUUGGCUUCCUAGUGUGGGCGUUUCCCACCAGCCUGUUGAUGCAACGAUUUCCCCUUGGCAAAUACCUCGGGGUCAACAUCUUCCUCUGGAGCCUCUUUUUGAUGCUGCAAGCUGCCGCAAAGAACUUUACCCAGCUCGCAGUGCUGCGAGUUAUUUCUGGCGCCGCCGAGGCAUGCAGGUGGGUAGCAUCUUUCGAUUUGUCACUUCCCUUGACUAUGAACGGCAAUUGGAACUUGAACAUCCGCUACCUAUACUAG